UACUCGAGAUACGUGGAUCUAUUUAAGAGAAGGAUUUUCUUUCUUGCAAAUUCCUGUAUUCUCGUGAAGAACUGAUUUGCCAGAUUGAUAGAGAAGGGGUUGAAAGUAUGGAAUAGACCCUGGAUGGACACAAUUCGAGAACGGGAUUUGAGAGAAGUGCGAAAGAAACCAGUGAAAUGGGUAUAUCUCUGAAUUUUUCUGUCACACAUGGACACGAGAAGUGAUCUGUGUAUGUUUGUUGAGAAUUUGAAUAGUGUUAAAUUCGAGAGAGAAAAAAGACAAGCGAUCGGGAAGUUUUGGGAGUUUUUGAAGAUGCUAUAUACCAAAACUGGAUAGAAUUGGAUCAACCGUUCAAGAGAAGAAGCUGAAAAUAUUGAAAAGCGUACGACCAAGGCACGAUGAGAGACGGAAAAGUCAGACUAUAUUCCUAAACACCUAUAGAUGCACCUUAUUUCAUCAUGGAUACGGUAGGAUUUAGCUCACAAUGUAAAGCACGACAAUGUUCGCAAUGUCAGGGGGAUACGGAAUUCUACUGCCACACGUGUAAACACGAUCUGUGCCAAACGUGUAGAGAGAAACAUGUAACAGAAAAUAGCACCCAAUACCAUAACACAGUAUUCUAUUUGACUCGCCAUUGCGAGAGGAGUUUCACUUCACAAUGCAAGGUGCGAAUGUGUUCUCGAUGCCAAGGGGAUUCGGAAUUCUACUGCAACACAUGUAGACAGAACCUGUGUCUACAGUGUAAGGAGAUUCAUGUUGUCCAUCUAGAUUCAAUACACCACGAGGUCGUGAUUUACCGUGAGAAGUUCAAAUACACGUUUAAACAAGAAACCUGUGUGAGGCAUCCUAGUAUGAUAUAUGAGAUGUUCUGCCGGUCGUGCAAGCUUCCUGUCUGUUUGCAAUGCUCCGACCACAGAGGACAUACAAUGAUGGAUCUUAAAACAGCAUACAUAACACGCCGUCAGCAACACAGGGCAACCAUUCAUAAAAUCAGGAGUGAAAUUAUCUAUAACUGCAUUAUCCUCAAGACAGAAAUCGAAACAGAUUUUAAAAAGUGUCAUACAGACUUCUUAGAAAUUCGAAAAAAGAUGUCAACAAAAUCUCAGAGAAUAAAGCGCCAGAUGAAUCGGAUCUUUAAAAAUGUGAACACCAUCGAUGUCUAUGAACAUAGGUUAGAACAAUCAGCAAGCACAUCGGUUGAGUUGAUUUCAUUCCUAAAGAAAAUCUGUAUUUCGAAGUUGCUUUGGAUCCAUCUUUCCUCCUUGACGAAGGAAAUCCAGAAGGAGAAUGUGAUUGAAUCAUUAACAAAUGUGCAGGUGACAGAGAGAGGAAGAAGGAUGGUACGAACUGAGUCUCUUCUGAGAGAGUUGUCUAUAGCUUUCCCAGUGAAAGAUGUUAGUUAUGUGGCUCACAUUUCCCUUGUAUCAACAAACAGGAUUUGGAUAAGUGAUUUUUAUACCAAGUUUAUCCUAACAGAUACAAGAGGUACCACUUUAGAUCGUUUGAGAGAUACAGAUCACUCAAUAAUCUAUGGAUUUCACACAGUUAGCACUGCUGGUGAACUUAUCUACAUAGACAGUGAUCGCAACAUAGGCAAACUCUCUAGAGUCCAGAAUGUCAAGUCCUUACUGAUAAAGAACGAACAACCAUGGACACCACAUUGUGUUUUCUGCUCCCCCUCCACUGGAGAUAUACUGAUUGGGAUGAAUAAAUUGGAUCAUUCGCAUAAAGAUGCCAAAGUAAAUAGGUACAACAACAAAGGACACCACGUCCAGACAACGGAAAAGAACAAGACUGGAGAGAGAAUAUAUGGUUUUCCCAUCUACAUCACAGAGAGUAGAGAUAAAGAUCUCAUCGUGUCGGACUGGGAACGAGGAGUGGUGGUGACAGAUCGCAAAGAGAAUCAUAGGUUUACCUACACAGGUCCUCCAUCAGGUGAUCAGCGACUGGAUCCACGUGGGGUCUGCGUAGACGCACUGUCACACAUCUUGGUGUGUGAUGUUAACACAGACACAAUACAAAUGAUUGAUAAAAACGGUCAAUUCCUUUCAUUGUUUCUGACAAAACAACAUGGAAUAUAUGGACCUUACGGUCUUUUCUAUGAUGUCAAAGAUCAUAGUCUUUGGGUCGGAUCAGGGUAUGAUAAUACAGUGUCUGUAUAUAGGUACAUUUCACGGGGACAAACAGACAGAUAAUGCAAACAGGGAAAAUUAUACCACAAAGGUGAAUUCAGGGGAGAGAAGCUAGGAAUACCACGGAGAACAUUUGUCACUGGAGGAUACCGUUUGAGAAGAUUUACGCUUUCUAUACUCUUCUACAGUUGUGCUGUUGCUUGGUUUGGGUCUAAUUUUGAGAGGAUUUUUCUCUCAAAAUUUUCUCCAUAAAUCUCGAUGUGGUUCGACAGUUUUAACAGCGUACUUGUUGGUUUGCGUGUAUUUUAAUAUGUUGUUUUGCGUGUCAUUUGAAAUUUUUGAAAAUUAUAUUUACAAUCCUGAUGUUUUUAUCAAUUAUAAUGAUGGAUAUCUCCUCAUGAUUGCUAUGUAGCUGUACACAACGUGCGUCUGACUCUUGGUAAAUAUAGUGCGUCUCAUUUAAAUGCCGACGGAAAUCAAAAUACAAUUCAAACUUGAAAAGUAAAGGUAUGAACUGCAAAGCUUCACGUGAUACUGGUGUGAGGCCUCGCAACCCAUGUCCUCAUGUACUUUUGCAAAUGAAACAUCUAUACUUAUAAAUUACCAAUUUUUACCAAUAAAUUCCGAAACGCUUGCUCCAGAGUUACCGCUUGCACGUUUAAUGUUGUUUCAUAUGUGAGGUGAAGUCCGUAAGCUAUGAUAUAAUCUUCCUUGAUUAGUAAAUAUCGUAAAAUUAAUUAAAAUCUUACUUUCGUUUUCGAUGAACUACCCUGAAAUAGCCAAAAUGAAAGUAAAGUGGCGGAUCCAAGCCAGUUCUUUCUUCUUUUGAAAGACAACUUAAGAUAUAACACGAUCUGAAGUUAAUCCGUUGUUUAUCGAUGCUUGAUUUUGAUCUAACAGAAGAAAUAAGUUUUGAUAGUUGUUGAAUAAAUAAAAUAUGUCUGUU